CUACAUGGUUACUUAGAAAGCGAGCCGCUCACGCUACAGCUGUUCAUUGGGACUGCAGACGACCGCCUGCUGCGACCCCAUGCUUUCUACCAGGUUCAUCGAAUCACCGGGAAGACCGUUUCCACCACCAGCCACGAAACAAUACUUUCCAACACCAAAGUCCUGGAAAUUCCACUUCUUCCAGAGAACAACAUGAGAGCGAUCAUUGAUUGUGCUGGGAUAUUAAAGCUCCGAAACUCUGAUAUCGAGCUGCGCAAAGGAGAGACAGACAUCGGUCGGAAGAACACACGCGUGCGGCUCGUCUUCAGGGUUCAUAUCCCACAGGCCAAUGGCAGGACCCUCUCCUUGCAAGUAGCCUCCAACCCCAUUGAGUGCUCUCAGAGAUCUGCCCAAGAACUGCCUCUGGUGGAGAAGCAAAGUACUGACAGCUUUCCUGUUACUGGAGGGAAAAAAAUGAUACUGACUGGCCAUAACUUUCUGCAAGACUCCAAAGUCAUCUUUGUGGAGAAAGCACCAGAUGGUCACCAUGUGUGGGAAAUGGAAGCCAAAACCGACAAAGAAAUGUGCAAGCCAAAUUCAUUGGUGGUUGAGAUACCACCUUUCCGCAAUCAGAGAAUUACCAGCCCAGUUCAGGUCAACUUCUAUGUCUGCAACGGAAAGAGAAAGAGAAGCCAGUACCAGCUUUUCACCUAUCUUCCUGCUAAUG